AUUUCUUUCAAUUGCCUCCUGGAUAUAGUACCAAUCAAAAACGAGAAGGGUCAAGUUGUCCUCUUUCUGGUAUCUCACAAGGAUCUAACUGCUCAGAAGGCAACUGGAAUCGGGGCAAGUCUACUCUCCUGCGGUCUUGCAUCAACUUUGGGUCCAGCAGCCUUGGUUGCUAAGCGACAACCACAAUUGGAAAUUCCUUCUGGCAAUCAAAUUCCUCAUCGAGUAGUGCCUAUACGCCGAGGGCAUCCAUCAGCGCCAAUCACUACUUGUCACACUAUGCCUUCAGCUUUGAGUAGUAGGAGAGCGUCCGCGCCUCAUACAGUACCUAAUAAAAGAGUUCGGGUCCGCUUCGGUUCUGAAUACGGCAUUCCCCGUGAGUCCCCAGUGAAGCCGAAAGAAUUGAGUUCACUACCUGGCGCAUUUAACCCGGAAAGCUUCAUUCAAUCACCUCAGUCUCUUUCACCAACCUCACCUUUGGCUCUUCCCACACAGAGUCCAAUAAAUCAUUUCCUCUCAAAGAAGUCUGAGACGCAGGCUACCUCAAAAACUGACACCUCAUCGUCCUCAUCUUCUUCUUCCAAAUCUUCUGAUUCUGAAAAUGAGGAAACUUCCUCCACAUUUAAAUAUCAACGGCGGCGAAGUAGAGCCGUGCUCUACCACCUCUCAGGUCGAUUUGACAAGAAACACAAACCUGGCAAGCUCAAUCUCAAAUGUGUGCUUCCACACCUCUCAACGAAAAAUUCCAUUCCCGAAUACAAGGUACAGGACCUGAAAUCCUCCUGUUGUAUCCUCCUACAUUACAGUAUUCUCAAAAUUGUCUGGGAUUGGUUAAUCGUUCUGUGCACAUUCUACUUUGCAAUCAUGGUCCCCUACAAUGCCGCCUUCCAUCGUGACGGAAAUGAACGAUACCUUCGAACACUUGAUAUGAUUAUUGAGGUCCUCUUUAUUAUAGAUAUUCUCCUAAAUUUUCGGACAACCUUUGUCAGCAAGAGUGGACACGUGGUUCACCGUUCCAAGGAGAUUGCGCUCAAUUAUAUACGUGGAUGGUUUAUUCUUGACCUUAUUGCUGCAGUUCCUUUUGAUAUUAUCAAAACUAUUCAGAAUCCUGAAUCCCCUGUGGUAAGUAGUGUUCGUCUCUCUUCAUCACCAAUUAAACUACGCUCAUUAUUCAUCUCCUCUCUCCCUGUAGGCAACGUGGAUGCAUCUUAUGAAGUUGGCCCGAUUGCUGCGACUAGCGAGAUUGGUUCAAAAGAUUGA